GCACGCCGCUCGGAGUGUCCGGUGUUUCGUCAGAGUUUUUGUUAGCCGUCUGCUCUCUUUGGACUACCGGUAGUCGCUGACCAAAAUGAAGCGUCAGUUCGUCAAUUUUUCAAAGCUGAUGAAAUCCCAGGCGCAUAUCAGAAACGCUUCUAGAGAGACGAAACUAACAGAUUUGGUCAAACACCAUGGAAUGGAUGUUCUGCGUGAUCCUAGUACGAACAAGGGAACCGGGUUUAGUUUGCGGGAGCGCCAAAUCCUUGGUAUCCACGGUUUGGUACCGCCAGCUGUACUCACAAUCGAUCAACAGAUUGAGAAAAUGAUGAUCAAUCUGGUGAAAAUGUCUGACAAUUUGCAACGCUACAGCUACCUCACUGCUUUGCAAGACCGAAAUGAGCGGCUAUUCUACAAGCUAAUUAUCAAACAUAUUGAGUACUGUAUGCCACUCAUCUACACCCCGACCGUUGGUCAAGCGUGUCAAUUCUACGGGACAGUGUUCAGAAGACCCAGAGGUGUUUACAUCACAAUCCAUGACCGGCAUCAUGUGAUGUCCAUACUCAACAACUGGCCGGAACAAAGAGUCAAUACGAUUGUGUUCACCGACGGCGAGCGCAUUCUGGGUUUGGGCGAUCUCGGCGCACAUGGAAUGGGUAUUCCUAUUGGCAAGUUAUCCCUCUACACCGCUCUCGCCGGAGUUAACCCAAAGCACUGUUUACCAGUUCAGUUAGACGUUGGCACAAACAACCAGAAACUAUUGGACGAUCCCUUCUAUACUGGUAUUCGACAUAGGCGCAUUCAAGAUGAACGUUAUGAUGAACUGGUUGAUAACUUCAUGCAAGCGGUAGUCCAAAAGUAUGGUUUGGAUUGUUUGAUUCAAUUCGAAGACUUUGGCAACCACAACGCUUUCCGCCUGUUAGAGCGCUACAAAGAUCAGUACUGUACAUUCAACGAUGAUAUCCAAGGAACUGCGCUGUUGCUUGUCGCUGGCUUGCUAGCCGCUGAACGGAUUACGAAGCGAAAGUUGACUGAUAACAUUUAUCUCUUCGUUGGCGCUGGUGAGGCAGCCACCGGAAUGGCGCAACUACUCGCGAAGGCCCUGCAAGUGGAAGGUCUUAGUAAGAAAGAAGCUUGCAAACUUAUCUACAUGGCUGACAAGGAUGGCUUGCUUGUUCAUGAUCGACCAGAAGGCAACCUGACCGAUCACAACAAGUUGUUUGCCAGAAACGAUACUGAGCCAAUACGAGACUUGGCAGAAAUCGUGGCUACUUGUAAGCCAACGACCAUUAUCGGUGCAUCUGGUCAGACUGGUUUGUUCACCACUGAGAUCCUCAAACAAAUGACGGUCAACUCGAAUCGACCCAUUAUCUUUGCACUGAGCAAUCCCACAUCGAAAUCGGAGUGCACUGCGGAGGAAGCUUACAAAGUGACCGAGGGCCGUUGCGUAUUCGCCAGUGGAUCUCCAUUCGAUCCCGUCGAAAUGGAAGUUGGUGGUGUGAAGCAGACCUUCAUGCCCGGUCAGUGCAACAAUGCCUACAUUUUCCCCGGAAUCGGCUUGGCCAUCACUGCAUGUCAUAUUCGACCGAUCUCCAAUACUCUCUUCAUUCGAGCGGCUCAGAGUCUAGCAGAGCAGGUCACUGAGGUUGAUCUCCAGCAGGGACGAGUGUUCCCUCCUCUGUGCAACAUCCGAGAAGUGUCUCUGAGAAUCGCCGAAUCUGUUGCUGCAUCCGCCUACCAGCAUGAUAUUUGUCAGCUGUAUCCAAAACCCAAAGACUUGCGUCAGUAUCUGCUGCACAACAUGUAUGAGCCGGAUUAUGUUGAUUUGACUCCAGAACUGUACGACUGGCCGCCGGAAGCCUUUGGUUCCACCUGUUGAUUGAAUAUGACCCUCAAAGAUAUCAAUGCUCGAUGACUGAUGAUUAGGGGUUCGACCACCUGUUUCCCUGUGUACUUUCUUAUGUUCAACGGUCCGUUUUUAGCACUUCUCACGUCCUUGUCGUUCUGUUGAGUCAAGUCCUGUUCUCAAGUUACACUUACGGUAUGCAUCAUUCAUCCGUCCUCUCCUUUUCUGUACACGCUUCCUUGGUUUUAGUACCUUUCCAGAGUUUUUCGCGGUGGACCUCACGGGUGGUGUUAAAUUUUUUGAACCUCCAGAUUUGAGGAAAAAACAUCAGUCGAUGUUGACCUAUUUUUGAUUCAGUGGAGGCUAGAAUGACGCAUAUGUGGGUCAGUGAUGGAAUGUGUUUGGUGACCUCGUUUUGUUGAAUUCCUGUCGUCGAAAGCUCUUCAAUUCACUCUCACUGGCAUAACUAAAAAAGCGUACUUGUUAGCCAAUGUGUGGUAAUGCAUGUGGGUUUGUGUAACACAAUCAUAGUACGGUUGAAUUGACGGUAAAAAUGCUGUUGUCACCUGUGAUUGAAACAGCAACCCACUGUAGGAUUUUC